AUGAAAGACUUCAAGGUAACAGUGAGACGCACAGAGGCUUCUGAGAGAUGUGGACUGAAAGGUUCACUGUUGUUGCGGACAGAUCUUGAUAGCCUUCUUCUGAAAGACCCUAAAACUGGAGAGGUUUUGUAUUCCUGGCCCUACAGAUUCCUCCGGAGGUUCGGACGUGACAAGGCAACAUUCUCCUUCGAAGCUGGCCGAAGAUGUGACUCAGGGGAGGGUAACUUUGAGUUCGACACAAAGCAGGGAAACUCUAUUUUUCAAUCCGUGGAGGCUGCCAUCAAUGUGCACAGAGCCACUUUACCUCAAAAGCAGGUGUCGGGUGCAGAGCGAGAGCCUGUGCCCUCUGUUCCUUGCUUGAAAGCUACCGUGGACGACUCCAGCGUCUACAGUAUGGUGUCCGAACAUCAAGUCAGGGAGAUGCCCAAACAACAACAAAACCCCCAGCCCUCAAAACUUGAAGCCCCAUCAGAAAAACUUCUAACUGGUGUUAAGAGUCUGAACCUGGACUCCAGACCUCCACCACGUAAAAGCCAGGUCAAGAACUUUAGAAGUUGCCCCUUGGUCAACACCGAAGAGGAGACUUAUUCCCGCGCCAUGGCGCCAGCUCUGGAUCGGGGCAGUCCCGGGGAGAGGAGAGAACCGAAGGACAGACGUUCCACAUGCUCCAACCCUGAGGAUUCUGACUACUCUUUGCCCUUUGACAGCAUUUCCAAAAACGUCAUGGCGGACAUUUUGGCAGCAUCUAACCCGCCACCAACUUUAGUAGAGCCAGGUUCUGAAAACGAAAAAAAAAAAGUUCCAGAAAACACAGAACCGCUGUACGACAGUAUAGAUGAAACUGCCAUUAGAACCCGUUACACGCAUAAAAGCCAUUCUCGCCCGACCUCUUACAAAAGAGUGGAGCACAUCUAUGAUGAACCUGAGGGUUGUGCUAUGACCCCAGGUGGUCAUCCGUCACUCUAUGAUGAACCAGAGGAGGUCAAAGGUCAUGCCUGGAAGAUGCUGGGUACGGUAAUGGAUCCAAGCGGUCACGAGUAUCCGUACAACGCUAGUGUGGAUGACUAUGCCGUUCCCAAACCUCCAAGGAGGGCCUUGCUGCCAGAGCAGGACAAUGAGGAGGAGGACAGUUCACCGUAUGAUAAUAUCAUGGUGAAAGUAAUACAAAAGAAUAACUAAAGACUGCUUUAGAACCAUUCUGUUAUGAUAACUGAGGAGAAAUAUGAGAGAGUGAGUGAAUGCAAAUAUUUAAUCAGAUAAUGAGAAGAAUGGACAAUACUGCUUUACUGUUCUCCAACAGCUGUGACCUGAGGCUGAACUGAAAUUCAUAUGGGCCCAUACUAUUAUCUCACAAUAUCCGUUCAUUACAUAUCCGUUUUCAAAUAAAAAACGGAAAAUGGAAAAACUUUACACAAACUUAACACAAAAUAAAAAAGGAAAAACGUUUUUUAAAAAAGUAGAAAUAUUAACUUUUUCUAUAUUUUGUUUAAACUGGGAAAAUUAAAUAAUGAAUAUAUGAAAUAAUGAAUAAUACCUGUUUUUUUUCAACCUAGAGCUACAGUACGUUUUUUGCAAACAGUUGCAAAUGUCACCAACAGGCGGAGCAAAGACGUUGCAAAGCAGCUACAGUCAUUCAGCUCUGUACAUGACCGCAGUAAAUACACAGAUUGUGUAUAUAGCCUAUGUAUAGGCUAUGGUAAUGUAUAGAGCUUGCGCUUUGCCAGACUUACGUUUAUUACUCGCGGGAAUAGUACGUUAUUUUCGCACAAGGCAAAUUUCUCGCCCGAGUUUUUAUUCUUUCAACGUGCCUGUCUGUGUGUUGUGCAUGAGGGUGUGUUCGGUGAGUCUGUGUUGUGAGCGUAUGUGCUUGCUUCUGUGCUUGUGCGUUGUGUCUGUGUCACUUUGCUCUUCAUUUUUUACUUUCUUUCUUUCUUUCUAUACAUGUUAUGGAUUGCUUGUAGGUAUCAUGUUUCACGUACAGCUGCUUUGUGAAAACUGUAAAAAAGUUGGGUUGAGUUCACCCGCUAUUUGCUUAAGAAUGAUUUUUGUCCCACGCAGCACAUGCACAUGCAGUCCUCAGAUCAGGCUGUACUUGUGAUCUGUUAGAAGGAUGUCGGGAGUUGGCUAUUUUAUAGGCAACGAAAAUUUAAUCCAUCUCCGCAAGAAUUCGGGGAGAGCCGCAGUAAUGCAGACCUCUAGUAGACAGUCUAUUAUGCACACCACCCUUAAUACAAACCCGUUAAGUUUGCAUCAGACGCAUUUAUACUGUAAAAUAUUAGUGAUCAAGGCUAUAAAAAUAAGGCUUACAUUUCUGAAACUGGCCUUAGAUGAGUCAUAUUAGACUCAAAUAGAUUAUUCAGAGUUUUUGCCUAUUAGCCUAACCUUUCCUAAUGAACAUAAUAUGUGCGCCUCCUUGCUUUGCAGCGUCUUUGCUCCCCCGGUUGGUGACAUUUGCAACUGUUUGCAAAAAAACUUACUGUAGCUCAUGGUUGAAAAAACACGCAUUGUUCAUUAUUUCAUACGUUCAUUAUUUAAUUUUCCCAUUUUAAACAAAAUAUAGAAAAAGUUAAUAUUUCUACUUUUUUAAAACCGUUUUUCCUUUUUUUAUUUUGUGAAAGAGAUUAAAAAAUGAAAGUUUUUCCAUUUUCCGUUUUUUAUUUGAAAACGGAUAUGGAAUGAACGGAAGAUACCCUGAUUAUUAAUGUCCACUGGGGUGAAUUCACUAAACGGUUAUGUGUAUUUUAGUCUAAAAAACGUAUGAUCAUCUGCAACCCAGAUUAACCAGGCACUGAAUAUAAGUAUAUGAAUGAAGUCUUUCUAAUUUGUUUUGACAAAACAUUGACUCCUUUUAUGUGAAUUAUUAUAUAUUUCAAGAACAUUAUAUAUGUUUACAUGUGUAUAUCAUAGAAUAAGUUAUAUGUAUAGAGGGUUUGCAUUGAUGUGACUUUCCCACGCUCCGGCGUGCUCACGUGGUGUUCACGGGGUAAAUUGACAACACAUCCAUACCCAUACUGCCUGUCAGAUUUUAGAACACUUAGCCUACUCACUUAUAGGGGCCAUUCACAUUUCGCGGCUAAAACCGCACGGAAAACGCAAGCCUCUCCGUUCUUCCGAAGCGUUUGGGAGUUUGCGCUCUCCUGGUGUCUGCCGUUGCUAAGCAACCAUGGACCACGCUUGCCGAUUAGAUGAGGAGGUAUUAACAAAAGAUUUAUGGAUUAUAUGCACUGAAAAUACCUUUCAAUAACUUUGAUGAUUUGUGUCUCCAUCUUCGCUGAACUAUUCUAUAUUGCUCCACAAAAGUUGAAGCUGAUUGGUUGGUUGUUGUCACAUGACCUGCGGUGCGCGUGCAGCAUUCUGAAAAGUUGAAAUAUUUUUAUCUUGAUGCGGCUCCCACGUGCCUAAAAAAAAGGAGCGCGUCACACGCAUGCCUGUAGUGACUGCAUCGCUCUCCAUUUCAGUUUGCUUGCCACGUGUCUAAAUUUUAAACAGAACUUGCACUCGCAAAAGAUGUACAAUGUGAACGGCCCAUUAUUCAGAUUUUUUUUUUACACAUUUUGUAAUAAUACUCAGCAAAAUUAUAAAAUAAAACAAAGGGGAAUUAUGUUGUAAUUAGAAAAAGAGAAAAAUAAAAUCUUAAAAAAGUACAUAUUUAUAUAAUAUUGAAUAUUAAAACAGCUUCUUGAUAUCUCACCCUGAGAUGCUUUUUAAUCUGUAUUGAAGGAGUUCCCAUCUUUUCUGAGCUCUUCUUAUUAGUUGCUUUUUCUUCAUUAUUUUAUAAAAAAAAAAUAUAUUUUUAAAUAAAAUUUAAAUUUUGUAAUAAAAAAACAUAUUUGCAAAAUAACUUUUUGUUGUAAUUUCAGACAUUUAAUCAUACAAGUGUUAUAAAACUUGACCGGCAGUUAAAAAUCACUUUAAAUAAAAAAAUAUAAUUGUGCCAACAUAUUAUUUUUAUUAGAAAACCAAAUUUUUAUAAAAAAAUGUUUAAGAAAUGGAUUAUUUGGACCAAAUAAUAAAUAAAAAGCAGUUAAUAAGAGUCCAGCAUAUAGAUGGAAAUUCACUGUUUAAAAAAGCUUCCCAGGUUGAGACCUCAAGUGUAAGAUUCUACAAAACCCCAGAUGCACAUAUGAUUUUUAUAGUUCCUUUUGUGAGUAGGCCACUAAAACAACGUGACAAUGACAUAUAUGCAUUUCAUUCUUUGUGACCCCCCCCCCCACGUGUCCUAAUAGCAUCCGAGUGUAUCCAUUAUGGCCUUUACUGUCUACAAAGUCAUAGCUGAUUUUAUCUGCUUGUAAUAAUAGUAAUUUGGAUUCAGUAGCUCACAGGCUGUUCACGAGCUUUACAAGCCCAUCUUCUCUUCUAUUUUAUUUGUCCUCAUUUCAACAAGACUGUGAUGUGCGCUCACACAGGUAAUUAAAGUCCUGCAGAUCUCACACACAAUGGAUGAUGGCCAUCACUUUAUCCUCUGCUCGCUAAUUGUGGAGAAGGGAGAUCCGCAGCGCGCCGUGGUCUUAUUCAGGGCAAACUCUGACUUUCCCUCUCACAGGCUUCCUAUUUUGAGGAACACAUGAAUAAUAAUAGCUUGACUUGCAGAGGAAAACUGGAGCACUGUUGGGAUGCUGCCGGGCUUCCUGCCUGCAACGGUUCAUGAAACCCACACAGUCUUGACACUUCGAAAAGUCUCAACGUUAAAAGACUUGAUAGUUCUCAUCCAUUCAGUUUCUGUUCUGUUCUUUUGACAUUGAAAUAAUGUGAUGUGCAUCAUCCUCUGUUGUACUACAUGUACUACGUGGUACAUCAUUUACUGUAUAUAACCGGCUCACAGUUGAAAGAGUUCAGUAAAUUUAAAACCUAUGUGACCUUCUGGGUUGUUUUGUUUUAUUUUGUGAAACACAAAGUGUGUGGUUUAUAGUAAAACCUUUUCAAUACAUUGAAAAUGAAUGGUGACCAGAGG